AUGUACACAUCGAUGCCUGCACUUAUUCUACCUGGCUCUUUUAUACCCAGCAAUGUCUUCACGGUUCAAACCGAGCACAACAUUCUUGCAUCCAGAGCAUUCAACAAGUUCGCGGGGGUUGCUGAGGCCGACAUCCGGUUACCCCAAGAUCUCAGCUGCGGCUGUAUGCAUUGCUUUGUUGUUUGCUGUGAUGGAACGUGGAUGGACUCGUUAGGUAGCAAGAGCGCUGAGCCGCAAUCCAAUGGCACCCAUCAAAUCAUCAUGUACCACCCAGGUGUCGGCAGCUCAGAUAGCGCAGUCGACAAAUUCACCGGUGGACUAUUUGGAGUUGGACUUGACCAGGCCAUUCGUGAAGUAUAUAACACCAUUUGCACUAGUUACGUCGAUGGAGACGAUAUUAUUCUCAUAGGCUCCUCUCAUGGCGCUUUCACGGCGCGCUCUGUCGCCGACAUAAUUGCGGCGGUCGCUUUACUGAUGCCCAUGGGGUUGGACCAUUUCUACGCCAUGUUUGAAGACCAUGAAAAUGAAUUGGACUCGAUUCGUGAUCCUAGCCUUUUCUUGGACCCGGAAGUACUUCCCUACGACGGCGAGAAAGGAUAUGAAAAAUGGCUUGCCAAGGUCUGUCAUACGAAGUACAUGUACCUUUUCUUGAGACAUGCAAAUGGCGUGCACGAGAUCAAUAUCAAGGCAGUUGGCGUCUGGGAUACCGUUGGCGCCAUAGGCAUAACCCCAGCUCCGUUUAGCAAUACUCAAGUUUCAAGACGCGUGAAAAACGCAUUCCAUGCCCUGUCUCUGGACGAAUCCCAAUAUACAUUCCGCCAUGCACUCUGGGAAAACCUCAAGGGCAACAAAACCAAUCUCUGGCAAGUUUGGUUUCCAGGUAUUCACGCUGGAGGGAGAGGGAGAUGGCAUGGGCAACAAAUUGAUACCGUUACUCUAGCCUCAUCAAGCAUUCAUCGGGAUGAGGCUGAAUGUGAUGGAAAAGAUCGUCAUCUUGCCGGUAGUGCAGAAGAGCUCUGGAAAACCGCUCGAACCACAAUCCGGCACCCUGGAGCCUUUAUGCCUUUGCUCAACACCAACGAAAGAAUUCACAGCCUUGCUUUGGACGACGAUGGGAUAUGGGACUGCAAACCUCUGACCAGAGCCGAUGACGGGAGUGGGCUCUGGAAGCUGGAACGCGGCUCCGGGCUUAACGCCUCUGAGGCAGAUAGCGUCAAAGACGGCAAGACCAGGGAGUUGGAUAUUGACGCAGAGGGAGGCGUCUCAAAGCCUUAUCCGGUCGAGAAGGAAGAUGGCCAAUGGAAAUGGGUGCAGGCCAGCAAACAGCUCAACGCCUUCCCGCAGACUAGUAUACUGCCCAAGGAGCCUUUGACGGGAUACUGGGAACGGAAGUUGUUUGCUUUGACUGCGGGAAAUCCCGACGUGUGGAGGUGA